CCAUUAUUUGUCAGCAUGAAAUAUUAAUACAUAUAUAAUAUUGCCAAAACUAGUCUACGAAGAUAAUUUAUUUUGAAAAAAAAUGGGAGUGUGCUGUGUUCAGAAUUGUAAUAAAACAAUUCCAUGACAAGUAUCCUGGAAAUUGGAAAGGAGUUAUUAAUUGGAGAAAAUCCUAAAAUAAAGUUCUUUUUAACGUAUAAAACAUCACAAGAUCAUUUAGAAUUAUAUUUUUGUAGUAUUCGUAGCAGGAGUGGAUUUAAUGAUAAUCCAUCAGCUUAUCAACUACGAUCUGCUGUUCGCACUACAUUAAUAGCGAAAUUAGAUCCAACAAUCACGGGAAAUAGCAUUUCCUUAGAUAAUACACACGUAUUAUGUUCAAAUUUUCAAAAUAAUCAUAAUGAUGUUAACAUUAUCAAACCUAUAGCCAAUCUAGUACCCAUACCCACCACUUCAUCUUAUUAUUUUAGAAACACAAACCCACAUAUCCCGAAAUUAUCUUUAUAUUUAGAUAAUGUAUCAACUUAUAUAUCGGGAUAUAUUGUACACCAACUUAUUAAAGAAAAAAAGCUACGUUGUGAUGUUUGCAUUACAGCAAUGGUGAUGAUAUAAUCAAAAAUGACAAAAAUGUACUCAAAAAUAAUAUGAAAGUGAAUUGUUGCAAUAUCUUUUCCUUUUCAAGGCCUAUACAUUUAUAUCAUUAUAUACUUAUUAAAUAUACUUUAAAUAAAUGAUUUAUAUAAUAUAAUUUAUA